CCUGUAGUAGCUAUAAAAGUGUGUGUGUCUCACACUGACAGGACUACACUCACAGGGAUCUCAUUAUAGGUGCACUGUGAGACCUUAAACUUCUUCUUCUUCUCUGAAAAAGACAAUCAGAACAGCAAUAUGCGUGAGUGUAUCUCCAUCCAUGUCGGCCAGGCUGGUGUCCAGAUGGGCAACACCUGCUGGGAGCUGUACUGUCUGGAACACGGCAUCCAGCCGGACGGCCACAUGCCCAGUGAGAAGCCCUCCACUGGCUACGACGACUCCUUCACUACUUUCUUCAGCGAGACCGGCACUGGGAAGUACGUCCCCAGAGCCAUCUUUGUCGACCUGGAGCCCACGGUCAUCGAUGAGGUCCGCACGGGCACAUACCGCCAGCUCUUCCACCCUGAGCAGCUGAUCUCAGGAAAGGAGGACGCUGCCAACAACUACGCCCGCGGUCACUACACUGUCGGGAAAGAGCACAUUGACUCUGUGCUGGACAGGAUCCGCAAACUGUCUGACCAGUGCACCGGGCUCCAAGGAUUCCUCGUCUUCCACUCCUUCGGUGGAGGAACCGGCUCUGGCUUCACCUCCUUGCUAAUGGAGCGCCUCUCUGUCGACUUUGGAAAGAAAUCCAAGCUUGAGUUCGCCAUCUACCCUGCUCCUCAGGUGUCCACCGCUGUAGUCGAGCCAUAUAACUCCAUCCUGACCACCCACACCACCCUGGAGCACUCCGAUUGCGCCUUCAUGGUGGACAAUGAAGCAAUCUACGACAUCUGCCGCAGGAACCUGGACAUCGAGCGUCCAUCAUACACCAAUCUGAACCGCCUUAUCAGUCAGAUUGUGUCGUCAAUCACCGCUUCUUUGCGCUUUGAUGGCGCCUUGAACGUGGACUUGACUGAGUUUCAGACCAACUUGGUGCCCUAUCCAAGAAUCCACUUCCCCUUGGCUACAUACGCUCCGGUUAUCUCUGCUGAGAAAGCAUACCAUGAGCAGCUCACUGUAGCUGAAAUCACCAAUUCCUGCUUUGAGCCAGCCAACCAGAUGGUCAAAUGUGACCCACGUCAUGGAAAGUACAUGGCAUGCUGCCUGCUGUACCGAGGUGAUGUCGUUCCCAAAGACGUCAACACGGCAAUCAGCAACAUCAAAACCAAGCGAUCCAUCCAGUUUGUGGACUGGUGCCCUACUGGGUUCAAGGUGGGAAUCAACUACCAGCCACCCACCGUGGUUCCUGGAGGAGAUCUCGCCAAGGUGCAGCGAGCUGUGUGCAUGCUUAGCAACACCACAGCUAUUGCAGAGGCAUGGGCACGACUUGAUCACAAGUUUGACCUCAUGUACGCCAAGAGGGCCUUUGUGCACUGGUAUGUGGGGGAGGGGAUGGAGGAGGGUGAGUUCUCAGAGGCCAGGGAAGACAUGGCCGCCCUGGAGAAGGACUACGAGGAGGUCGGAGUCGAUUCGUUUGAGGAUGAAGAAGAGGGGGAGGAGUAUUAAAGACAGGGUGAAGUUCAUUCAGAUGAAACAAGUUGAUCAGAAGUGUUGAUGAUUUGUAGACCACUUAAAACACUUGUGUAACUGCGAGAAGCUGUAUGUCCAGAUUAGUGCAGCGGUGUUUGGUUUAAAGAAUAUCUCUCAGAUGAGAGAAAGGAUGUGCCUUUAAUGCCUUUUCUAAAUAAAACCAUUAACAUUCA